AUGGCGCCAACUGCUGAGUCUGCGGAGGAUUGCCCUGAGGACUCCAAAGGGAAGACAAAGUCGAGCUUCUCGAAUCCUACAGUCCUUAAGGCAGCAUUGGACAUUGUGAAACACAAAAAGAAGGAAGCCGUCGAGAAAGAGCAGUACGAUCAGGCGGCACGCUUCCAGCAGAAAAUCAAGCAGCUAGAGGCCCAGUUGGCCCUGCUGGACAAGAACGGUUCGGAGGGCAGCGGCGGCAGCGGAGCCGGAGUGGGCAGCGGAAGUACCUCCUUAGGUCAAGAAGAGGAGGAUGAGGACGAGGAUGAGCAACCGAGGAAGCCUAUCCAGAGGAGAUCGCUGCUUUCUGCUCCAAAUCCAUUCCGCACUGUGGAGUUGCUAGAGCAGAGUGGCUACACCAGGCCACAGGCCAGUGCUUAUGCACCGCACAGCUGUAGGCUGCAGACUCCGCGGGGCAGCGCUCACAGUGGGGUCUCCGAACGGAGCCUGGAGCCCCCCAAUUGGGAGCCUUGGGCCUUUGCCUUGAGCCAUGCCGGCACUUUGGUCGUCGGGCGGGGCAGGGCACCGACCUCUGGACAGGUGCAUCUCCUGCCUGCGACUGCGAUGACCAAUGAGCUGCCCAGAGCUUGGUCACAACCGGCUCUGGACCCAGAGUACCGGGAGUAUCGGGCUAGGCGCAACGCGCAGCAGUUUGCCGUGCCAUGCAAGUGCAGGGCAGGAAGUGCUGACGAUGUCAGGCACGCGGAAGCGCUUCCUUUGGUGGACGAGGUGCGUCCCGGUGCAGGGCACUGCAGGCGCGGGCAGUGCCUCGAACACAUGGAGAAGUUGGAUGAAGCACUGUUGUGCUAUGAGGCAGCUCUCCGACUGGAUGCGCAGAGCAUGGCUGCUCAGCGCAACAAGGCGCUCCUGCUAGCUCGGCAGCAGAGGUGGCGGGAAGCUGCAGGCUCUUUCCGCGAGGUUCUUCGACUCGAGCUGGCAUUACCCGCGCAGAAGGAGAUGCGGCUGGAAUUAGCUCGCUGCCUGACAGAGGAUGCCAUACAGCUGAAGGCUGCUGGUCAGCCCAACCUCCACGGUUUCCAUGAGGCCAUCCAGGCCUGUGAGACGUAUGCUCCUGCAUAUUUCCAGCUUGGAGUUCACUACUCUGAGGCCAAUAACUCUGCAAAAGCCAAAGAGAUGUACGCGAAAGCGGUUCAGCUCCAACCUGGGUACGUGGAGGCGUUGAACAAUCUCGGUGUAGCAUGCAGGGAGCUUGGCGAGUGGGAUCACGCGGUUGAGGCCUACGCUUUAGCGCUGAAGGUCAACCAGAACUGCAGUAAGACCCGGGAAAACAUGGCCAUUGCAUUGCUGCAACUGGGCUGUCGGCACCUGCAGGGAAAGGAGCUAAAACAAGCUUCCAAAGCCCUGAAGCAAGGGCUGUCCUUCAACUCCAGGAAUGCCGACCUCUAUUUUAACCUGGGCGUGCUCUAUGCUGAAAAAGAGAAGUGGGACCAAGCGAAGGUCAACUACGAGCUCGCGAUUCAUUUUGAUCCAAGACAUGCGAAUGCCCACAACAACCUGGGCGUCAUUCACAGGCGUCUCGGCAACGUCGAGGCAGCCAUGAAGUGCUUCGAGAGCGCACUCGAGGUGGACAGCAAGAUGAACCUCGCCAACAAGAAUCUCGGGGCCAUUUACGGCUCCAUGGGCCGAAUGGCGGAUGCCAUCCGCCUCACCAGAGUGGCCAUUGAGUCUGGUCGCCAGGAUGCAGAGGCCUACAAUAAUCUGGCCCUCCUUCUCCGAGAUCAAUGUGACGUCGACGCUUGCCUCGAGAACCUUGACCUUUGCAUAAGUCUGGAGCCGGAGUCGCUCGGCAGACGAGAGAUUUUCUUCGUUUGUUACUGCGCUGCGUCCGCGAUGAUGUCCGAUGCCGCGUCAGGCGCAUCGAAGCUGGGGCAGGUGUCUGGAGCAGAGGAUCGGGCAGGCCUGGGGAUGGGCGAUGAAACAGAAGGCGUUCCACCGAACUGUCCGACCGAAGCGAGGCUUUCUGCCGGUGGGACCAUGCACAGAAGGGAGCCGCUGCUCCUUUACGUGUGGGCUACGUUUCUUACUUCAUCCAUGCAGCGCUCAAGUACCAUGAUCCUGCCUUUGUCGACGUUGUAUGCAGGCUACAGUGACGUCGUCCUGGAGGAUGAGAAAACCCGCCACUUCCGCAGCCUGGUUCCUCGAUGGAGGAACAUUUGCGGCCGCAGAGAUGAAGAGGUCGCCAAGCUCAUCUGGGAAGAUGGCAUCGACAUUCUCGUAGACUUGACUGGCCACACCGGCAACAACAGGCUUGGUGUGUUUGCCUGCAAACCUGCUCCGGUCUGCAUCACUUGGUUGGGCUACCCUCACACGACUGGGCUGUCCCGGAUGGACUACAGAAUCUCCGAUGAGCACGCCGACCCGAAGGAUGCGCCCGGCCUGACCACAGAGAAGCUCCUCUACUUGCCGGAGUGCUUCCUGUGUUACACGCCUCCGGAUUCGGCGCCUCCGGUGCUGUUGAAGCCGGCUCAGGAAAGCUACGGGUGUGUGACCUUCGGCUGCUUCAACAACUUGGCCAAGGUGAGCACGUUGACCAUCAGACUCUGGAGCAAAGUCCUGCAUGAGGUGCCGGACGCCAGACUCUUCGUUAAGUCGAAGGCUCUCGCAUGUCCCAAGGUCCAAGAGAAGAUGCGGAGAGCUUUUGCAAUGCAUGGCAUCGCAGCUGCUCGCUUGGAUCUGCCGGGAUUGCAACCUCAAACGGGAAGUCACCUGCACAUGUACAGCUUCAUUGAUGUGGCUCUGGAUACGGUCGUACUCUACAUUCCCAGCUUGUCAAGACAUGUGGUGCAGGCUCUGUACAUGGGGGUUAAUUUCGAGUCUCCCUGCCUCGAAGAGUGGUACAAAGGCGGGCGCAUGUGCUCGCAAUGUCGCCCGGCUCGCAGCUUUGCGAGCUGGGCUGCGAACACGCAUGCAGAGGCAGCAUUCAUGAUGGCCACAUGCCCGCUUUUCGACUUGCUAUUUCAUCUGUCGACAGGACUGGAACGCCAGAAGCCGGCCUGGAUGGAUGGAGGCCGCGAUAACUUGUCGAAAGUUGAGUGCCAGGGUGCCUGUGACCGGUCGCAGGAGACGUUUGCCGUCGCGGGCCGAACAGCUCGCAGACCAGCCAGCUCCCAGUUGGCACACUCGAUGGCAGCAAAACAGGAAUGGGGAAGCCCCGAAGGGAAUGUGGCGUUGAUGCACCGGCUUGGAUCGUCGAUGAUGUGCGGGCCGCUUUGGUUCGAGCGGGUGAUGCGUGCGUCCUGUUCAGCCAUGGCAGAGCAAGCCGCGGACGCGGCAGAUGCGGCAGAUGCUCUCCACUCUGAAGCUCUUGUGGAGAGACAAGACCUGCGACAUGACUGGGAGGCGAGGAUUGCCGCAUCGAAUCGACUGCAAGCUUCGAAGGUUAACUCCUUGAUGACUUCUAUCCAGAAGCUGCAGAAAGAGAACCUCUUGCUGCGAAAGCGUGGGCAAGAAGUCAACAGGACUGGCCAGUUCAAGCGCCUCCAAAACGAACUUGGCAGACAGGACGUGAUGAUUGAGGCCUUAAGGUACUGCCUUGGUCCAGAAAAGUCCGAGGAGCUGGCGACGAAUGCGCUAGAUGCCCUUCUGACCAAUGCCGCUGCACAGUGUUCGUCCUGUCACAAGAGUGCGGCUGACCUCUUCCAAGCAGACGGGGAGCUGUUAUGCAAGAGUUGCUACAGUCAUCGCUACUGGCGGGAGCCACCUGCACAGUUGCGAAAGAAGGUGUCAGAUGUGGUCACAUGUCCUGAAACCAAGGAAGAGCUUGAAGCAGCCUGCACUGCGGCUGAGCUAGAGAUUGCGGGUGCUAAGCGUGCCUUGAAGAAUUCAGAGAGUCGCGAGUCUUCAGAAAAAGCGGAGGCCUGGGCUCCAGGGCUGCAAACAGCCGCAGCACUCAGCAAUGUGCUUGCAGGCUACGUCCAGCGUGCAGACCAGCUCCAAAAAGAAAACAGCUCGCUGGACGUUCAUCGGCGUCAGUUGGAAAGUGCGAUUAAGGAGCAGGAGCAGAUUGCCAGACUCCAGCUUCAUGAGCAGGUGGCUGCUCUGCCAACGAGUAAACAGGGUGUUCCAGCAAUCACCGUGGAUGACCUUCAACACCGUCUAAGCAUCAAGAGCGGCGAGGUCGAUCGAUUGGCGAAGGUCGUGAAGGAGUUACACCAGCGUCUAUCAAUCCAGAAAUCCAAGCAGGACUCCAUCCUCAGCGAAGGGAAAGGCGUUGCCAGCGCUUUCUCUGAGCUCCAAGAGGAUGUGAGCAAGUGGACCAAGUCCACAUCGGAAGCACACGCGGUUCAAAUCAGCAAGCUGAAGGAAGCCAAAGACCAGGUACACCAGCAGCUGGUGAAAGGUCAAUCACAGCUCCGUGAAGCACAAGGCAAGCUGCGCAAGUCUGUGCAAGGUGUAGCGCAGCAAAGAGACCCACUGGAGCUUGAGGCUAGAGUCAGGGCCCAGGCAGGAAGACUGAUAGAAGCUCUGAAAGGUCUGCAUGGGAGCACCGAUUCUGGCAAGUUCUGGUCGAAGGUGCAUGCUGAAGCCAGCGACUUCGGACUGGAACCACAGCUUCAAGCAGCAUUAAGCCGGCAGGGCUACGGCGGCCAAGCGGGAGAGAAGCCACUGGACAUCGUUGCCUUGAAAGGCGACCUGUACUGUCUGGAGCUAAAGGGCGACGAUCGCGCAACGGGGCUUGCGAUGAUCCAAAAGUGGGAAGCUGACCGUAAGAAGAUGCAAAAUGCGUUCCGUGAAAGAGCCGAAGAAGAGCUCGCGGCGCUGGACCGGGCCCAGAGCGCCGGCGCCUCCGAGCACGCUGCCCUGGAGCUCGCGAAGAGCCAGGCGGCGCAGCAGCGGAGAGAUGCAAUGCGGAAAGCUUGGAGUCAGUGUCCCAACUUGGACUCGGAGGGACUUGGGACGGAACAGCUGGCCAAGGUGUCCCAGGUUAACAUCGUGCUUGCCGACACCGUGGAAGAACUCCGCAGCAAGCUCAAGGCAGUUGAGGACGAAAUGCAGGAUCGAAGAGAUGUGGCUGAAAGGAAUCGGAAGGCAGAAGAGAUUAGGGAAGAAAUCACUGCUGGGCAAAGAGCGGUCCAUGAGGAGAACAAAGCAGCUGAGGACGGUGCGGCCAAGCUUCGGGCUGCAGCCGAGUACUGCACCAGUCUUCUUAGCAAUGAAGCCAAUGCAGAAGCGGGAGGAGGAGAGAACUUCGCUCCUGGAGCAUCCUUGCUGCCGUUGCCCUCAAGGCUUCUUGUGGAUUGGAGGGAGACCCUCAAGCUACAGGCGGAGCUCGAUCUCGUCGAAGAAGAGAUAUCGAGACUGCAGCAUACCAAGUCCACUAUCUGGGAUGCCGAGGCUCCAGAGGACAUCGAGACAAUGCAGGCACAAGUGGCCGAGCUCGAAGCGUCCUCAAUGGAGCUGCAUGAGGAAGUGGCUGACCUUGGCAUGAGGCUCCAGGCUGCUGAGCGCUCAGAAGAUGUGGAAAGGAAUGUGCUGUGCUGUAUCAUAGUGCAAAUCCAGGCCAGGUUUCCGCGACUGCUCUCCAGAUGUCUCCAGUCUCUCCAGUUCAGCCAAGCAGCCUUGCUGCAUGCGAGACUGGUGGAGGCCGCCUGCACUGGCAUCACGAGGUCCUCAUUGCUGCCUGACUCCGGCUGCGUUGUGUUUGCAGGGAUUGGCUCAAGGACAGCCAUGGGAAACACUCCCGGCGGAAUGCCGGGUGCCGGGGGAGGACAAGGCCAGGGUGCUAACAAAGAGAAGAAAGACGGGGAUGACAAGAAGAAGAAGCACGAGGCGAUGGCACCACCCUCCCACUUCGGCAGAAAGAAGAGGAAGAUGAAGGGAGCGCAGGUCGCCAGCAAGCUCCCUUCAGUCGUACCAAACUCGAAGUGCCGGCUCCGACUUCUGAAGCACGAUCGAGUGAAGGAUUACCUUAUGAUGGAGGAAGAGUUUAUCCAGGAGCAGCAGCGGUUGAAGCCGAAAGAAGACAAGGAAUCAGACGAGAAGUCCAAGCUCGACGACAUCCGCGGGACUCCGAUGGAUGUCGGCUCGCUGGAAGAAUUCAUCGAUGAGAAUCACUGCAUCGUGUCAACGGCUAUGGGCCCUGAGUACUACGUGAACAUCCUUUCCUUCGUGGACAAGGAUCAGUUGGAGCCUGGCUCUUCUAUCCUCAUGCACCACAAGAAUUUGAGUGUGAUCGGCCUUUUGGUGGACGAGGUGAACCCACUCGUUAGCGUCAUGAAGGUGGACAAGGCACCGACGGAGUCCUACGGAGACAUUGGUGGCCUGGAAGAGCAGAUCCAGGAGAUGAAGGAGGCAGUUGAGCUGCCUCUGACGCACCCAGAGCUCUAUGAGGAUGUUGGCAUCAAGCCGCCUAAGGGCGUCAUCCUGUACGGCGUGCCAGGGACCGGAAAGACACUGUUGGCCAAGGCUGUUGCAAGCGAGACGUCUGCAACUUUCUUGCGAGUGGUCGGUAGCGAGCUGAUUCAGAAGUAUCUUGGAGAGGGACCUAAGCUGGUCCGGGAAAUGUUUCGCGUUGCGCAAGAGCAUGCCCCUUCCAUCAUUUUCAUCGAUGAAAUCGACGCCGUCGCCACGAAGCGGUACGAUACUACAAGUGGCGGCGAGAAGGAAAUUCAACGCACCAUGUUGGAGCUAUUGAAUCAGCUAGACGGCUUCGAUGACCGUGGCGACGUCAAGGUGAUCAUGGCCACGAACAGGAUGGAGUCCCUGGACCCCGCCAUGAUCCGACCAGGCCGAAUAGAUCGAAAGAUAGAGUUUCCACUGCCGGACGAAAAGACCAAGCGACGCAUCUUCCAGAUCCACACGGGGAAGAUGACCCUCGCGGAUGAUGUCAACCUGGAGGAGUUUGUCGUUGCGAAGGAUGACCUCAGUGGGGCAGACAUCAAGGCGAUAUGCACAGAAGCUGGCAUGCUCGCCCUCCGUGAACGUCGCAUGAAAGUGACGCAGGCGGACAUGAGGAAGGCGAAGGAGAAAGCAUUGUACAAAAAGAAGGGGUCAUACCCCGAAGGCAUGUAUCUCUAG